AUGGACCCUCAACCAAAUACCGUCGUAAUCACGGCUGAAUGCCUCUGCAAAGCACACACGUUCAGCACCGAGAUCCCCACGUCCAAGCUCCCGCUGGAAGCCAAUGUCUGCCACUGCGAUUCCUGCCGCCACUCAACCGGCGCCCUGUACGUAGUUGAAACCACAUGGCCUCAACCGCGCGAGGACGUCGACAUCAGCGGACUCAACAGCUACCAAUUUUCCGACAACAUCACGUAUCGGUUCUGCGGCACGUGCUCAACUCUGAUGUUCUACGAGUCGCAAAAGUUUCCCAGCAAGCUGGGCACUUUUUCGGGGCCACUGCAGAACAUCAAUGUCGAUCUCGUCAAACUCGCCAGGCACAUCUGGGUCGAGGACACUAUUGACGGCGGGGCUUCCGUCUGGCUCAGAAAGCCAAACGCCGACGGCAAAGAGAUUUCGCGGCACCGAGAGCGUUUUGAAGAGCUCCCGUGGGACUGGCCAAAGAAAGCAAACUCAACGAAGAUCGAAGGAAAGCAAGAACUGAAGUCUCUUCCUGUCUGGUGUCACUGCAAAGGGAUCAAUCUACUCAUGCAUCGUGGAGACUAUGCCGGCAAAAAGAGAGAGGAGCUCCCGUGGUUCAUCGAUCCAAGGACAUACAAGCAGCUCGCCAGUUUCGAUGUGUGCGACUCUUGCCGUCUACAGUUCGGAAACGACAUCGUCAACUGGACGUUUCUAGACUUGUCCAACAUAUCUCAAGUCGAUGGCGGUGCGUUCCCAAGGACAAUGGCAGAGCUCAAGGCAGCAGUGGAUGCGGGCGACCCCGCAGUCGGAACGCUGGCCUACUAUCAAUCGUCGCCAGGUGUACACCGGUAUUUCUGCAAGACUUGCUCCACGUCCGCUUUCUACAUUUGCGACGAUAGACCGCAAAUUGCGGACCUCGCCAUUGGCCUGCUGGAGGCACCGGACGGAGCCAGAGCAGAGGAAUUUUUGUCUUGGACAUAUGGAGAUAUUCCCGAAUGGGUGGAUGAUACCAAAGGAGGUUGGCGAGAAGGGCUGAUGAAGAGAGUGCAGGCCGAUGCAGAAGAGUUCAGGAUUGCAAGAGGAUACCCGAAGAGUUGGAGAAGGCUGGAGAAGGAGGCGAAAGCAGGACCAUCUUAG